AUGGCGCCCACGAAGCCGAAGAAUAAGUCUCAGAAAGACAAGGCGAAGGCUCGCGCCAGAGGCGCCGCUCAACCCUCGAACGUUAACGCCAGAGAAUUGCUCAACAAUGCGAGCGCGAUGCUCGAGGUCGGCGACAUUGAAAAUGCGGCACAGACAGCAAAGAACGCAUACAAGGCUAUUGGUGAAGACGGAAAACUGGCUGGCGCCGCUCUCUCCCUCCUGGGCCAUAUCUACGUCGAGCUCGGCGAGAUCGACGCUGCUCGCCAGUUCUUCCUUGCUGCAGUCAAGACAGAUGAGGAUGGAACGCUCCCCGAGGAUGUUGCUGGCGGCCCCGAGAAGUUCCUAUGGCUCGCGCAGCUCAGCGAAGAAGGCGGACAGGACAGUGUUUCCUGGUACGGCCGGGGUGCCUCUGCUUUGCGCCUCCAGAUCCAGACUCUAAGCGACGAGCUCGAGAAGAGGCCCCACGGAAAGGAGCAACAAGAGGCGCUCAUUACUGAGAAGAAGAGACGACUAGCGGCAAUCCUCUGCGCCGUAGCGGAGGUAUACAUGACCGAUCUGAGUUGGGAGGAGGACGCCGAGCAGCGAUGCGAAGCUCUCAUCACCGAGGCUAUCAUGCUAGCACCCGAGCUGGCCGAUACCUGGCAAACCGUCGCCAACGUUCGCAUUUCUCAAACAAGGGUGGAUGAGGCCAAGGAGGCUUUGAGGAGGAGUAUGGCGCUGUGGGAACACCUUGACCCCGAGGACCCCAACGUGCCACAGUUCCCUACCCGGGUGAGCUUGGUCCGACUACUGAUUGAGGUUGGAAUGGAGGAGAAGGCGAUCGACGUCGCAGAGCGCUUGAUCAUUGAAGAUGACCAGGCCGUGGAGGUCUGGUAUCUAAGUGGUUACGGCAGAUAUCUUCUGGGCGAAAAGAUCAAGAAGGGAGAACUGCGAGCCCCUGAAGGCGAGACGUGGCAAGAUAUCUGGCGCUAUUCACGCAAGUACCUCGCCCAGUGCCUCCGGACAUAUGCGGCCAUCGAGUACGAAGAUGAGAGGCUCGGAGCACACGCCCAAGAAUUGGUGGACUCUAUCAGGGGUGAGCUUGGUGUCAUUGGUGCUGAGGACGAUGAUGUUUGGGAGGAUACAGAUGUUGAGGAGGACGAAGAUGAGGAGAUGAACUAA